ACCUUAUGGUUGGGACGGAUGAGCGCUCCAGCGCCCAAACUCAGUGUGACUCUAAUGUGGGUCUUCAGAGCGCGGACGUGGGAGGGAAUGCGACCAGUAACACACUUCUCUGACCCCUCCAGUGUUGAAACAAUAAGGCACGUCUGAACUAAAACCACGUUAUUUUCCCUUGACUGGAGUGGACAACAUGCCGAUAGUGAAGAAAGAGGCGGCCAGUGACCAGGACAACCACGUGUUGCCAAAGGUCCCUGUGCCGCCCCUGAAACAAACCCUUGACACAUACUUGAGGUGUGUCCAGCACCUGGUACAGGAGGACCAGUUUAAGAAGACAAAGGCCAUUGUGGAGAAGUUUGGGGCUGCAGGCGGUAUUGGAGAGGCUCUUCAGAGGAAGCUUUUAGAGCGCAGAGAGAAGACAGCCAACUGGGUCUAUGACUACUGGCUGGAGGACAUGUACCUGAACAACAGGCUGGCUCUACCGGUCAACUCCAGUCCUGCCAUGGUGUUUCCAAAGCAGACAUUCAGAGAUCACGAAGAUGCCCUCAGAUUUGCUGCUCAUGUCAUCAGAGGAGUGAUGGAGUAUAAGACUCUCAUAGACACGCGUAAGCUGCCAGUGGAUUUUGCUCGAGGUCAGCUGGCUGGAACGCCGCUGUGCAUGGAGCAGUACUACCGCCUCUUCACCUCUUACCGCUACCCGGGGUUGAAGACAGACACGUUGAAGGUCCACAUGAAUGCAGCAUCUUCAGUGCCGGAGCACAUCAUUGUUGCAUGCAAGAACCAGUUUUUCGUGUUGGAUGUGGGCACAAACAGCACGCAGCUCAGUGAAACAGAGGUCUUCCACCAGCUGCAGAAGAUUAUGAAAAUGUCAGAAAAGGCUGAAGAGAAACUCCCUCCAUUUGGUGUCCUAACAUCAGAUGGGAGGACAGAAUGGGCGCAAGCUAGAGAAAUACUAAUAAAAGAUCAAACCAAUCGAGACUCGUUGGCUCUGAUUGAGAGUUGUAUAUGUGUGGUGUGUCUGGAUGAUCCCUGUGGUCUGCAGCCCAGUGAUACCAACAGGGCCCUGAUGAUGCUACAUGGUGGUGGAUCAGAAAAAAAUGGUGCAAACCGCUGGUAUGACAAGUCGAUGCAGGUUGUUGUAGGUUUGGAUGGGAUAUGUGGAGUGGUGUGUGACCAUUCACCAUUUGAGGGCAUAGUUCUGGUGCAGUGCUCUGAAUACCUGAUGAAAUACAUAAAAGGAAGUCCCUCCAAGAUGGUUAAGUCCUCAAGUGUAAGAGAGCUUCCCCCUCCGAGAAGGCUGCUGUGGAAAUGCAAUCAUCACAUACAAGGACUCUUAAAAGCAUCUUCAGACAGACUCCAGAGGCUUGUGAAUGAUCUAGACAUGGACGUAUUUACAUUCAAGACUUAUGGGAAAGAUUUUAUCAAAAAACAGAGGAUGAGUCCCGAUGCAUUCAUACAAGUUGCUUUACAACUGGCAUUUUACAAAUGCAGGGGGAGGCUCGUUUCCACCUAUGAGAGUGCAUCUCUUCGGCGUUUCCAACAAGGUCGGGUAGAUAACAUCCGCUCAGCCACUGCCGAGGCCCUGGCCUUCGUGAACUCCAUGACAGAUGAGAGAGCAACUUUCACCGAUGAAGAAAAAAUGAAAAGACUGAGGGAUGCAGUUAAUGCGCAGACAAGUUAUACAAUUGCAGCCAUAACAGGAAUGGGAAUAGACAAUCACCUCUUGGGGCUUCUGAGGAUCUCCAAGGAACUGAAAAUGGAGAUGCCCGAGAUUUUCUGUGAUGAGACUUAUCUGACCAGUAAUCAGUUCAUACUCUCCACCAGUCAGGUUCCUACAACAGUAGAAAUGUUUUGUUGCUAUGGCCCUGUGGUGCCCAACGGCUACGGCACGUGUUACAACCCACAGUCAGGCCACAUCGUCUUCUGUGUGUCCAGUUUCUGGGAGAACACCAAGACGAGCUCGGCUGUUUUCGUCACAGCCCUGAACGAGGGUCUGCUGGAAAUCAGGGACCUGUGCAAUAGAAGCGGCACUUUGGCUGCCAAAGCGGCCGAUUGCAGCCAGGGAGCCGGCCGAUCUCAUACAUCAGGGAAGUAAGCCAUACUGAGAGAGCUGCCAGUUCAGCUGCUCCACACACCUCCUAGAUUUAGACUUAGAUGCCUUCAUGCGUGGUUUGUGCAAUAGUGUUUCUUUAACAUUCAAGCCUUAAAGUUCAAGUGUAGCAUAUAAAGGAUGUAAAUAUAAAAAAAAUAUAUAAGAUAUAUUAAUAUAUCUAAAAUAAAAUAAAAUAGGAAUCAAAACGUUAAAAGUUUUCUUUUAAAGUUGAAAACAACAGUAGGAUUUUGGGUCCAACACUGACACAGGUAGACUGACAUUAACUGAUCUGCUGCCUUUAGGAAACUGAAGCCAUGUCCUCUUUGUAGCACUGAUCUGAGGGUUAAUUCCUCCAUCAGAGAGUGAUUCAGCUGAGUGAUCCCCAUGUAUACGUAGAGUAGAAACUCAGAAAAAAGAUAUAUACAAAUAUAUAAAUAUAUAAACACAAUAUCUGAGUGACUUAUAUACCUAUAUCCUGUAAAUGUGACUCUUCCAGCCUCAUCCUGUGCAACACGUCAACACUGUGAGAUCCUUUUAAAUCUAUUCAAUAGUAUUUAUUAUUCUACAUGUUUUAUUUAUUCAUUUUAUUGAUAUUGUCAGGUUGCCAAAGAGGUCGUGCAUAUUGUGAAGUCAGUUGGAUGCAGCACUUUAAUAUAGCAAUGAAAAAGAUUUGAAUGUGUAACCAUUAUCAUAGACGAAUGGUUUUAAAUGCUGUGUAUUCUAUAUCGUAGCAAUAGUUAUAAGGUGUAAAACCAGUGUUACAUUAUUAUUAUUUAUCGACAUUAGAAGUAGAAAAAGAAGGCAGUGAUGCCUUGUUAUAGUGGUUCUCUGUGCAAUAAUACGAUACCAGUUACAGUGAGGGUUUGUGUGCAAUUUACCACAUCAGCUCAUAUAGAGACAACAUCUGUUGUAUUAGACGCUAUACAAAUAAAACUGAAUUGAAUUGAAUUGAAUAUAGAUGCAUGGAUUUAUAUAUUAUUAAACUAACAAUAUUUGCUAUUUUUGAUAUUUAAAUAUACAGACCAAUGAAUAACACAGUCAUGUCUCAAUCAAAAGUGUUGAUUUAAAGAGUGUUUUAGCUGAAUUCUCCUCCACAAAUGUCUGAUGUGGGUCCUGUUUAAUCCGUGGUGGCUCAUCUUACAGCAAAUCUAAUAAGUGGUUGUUUGUGGUGAACAUGUGAGAUUUGUUGUCCUGUGGACGCGUAUGUUAUAUGUGUGUCAGCCAAAGUGAAUGUGAAACUUGUAGUCUCAGAGUAUAUAUAUCAAAUGAAGGUUAUAUGUAAUACAUUUGCAUGUGUAUUCUUUAAUAAAAGCUUUAUUUUUUUAUAUUCCCAUGUGAAAAUGUUAUAUAUCAGAUUUUAUAUUAUAUAGUAAAUCACAGGCUAAGGGAAUACAAAAUGCCUUAAUGUAUUGAAAAAAUGUCAUUUUUGCCAAAUGUAAUCAUUGCCAAAUGUUUGACCUCUGAUGUUGCUGUCUAAUGUGAGUGAAAUGUGCAAGAAUGUAAUAUUUACAGUGUGUUGUUCAGUGGAUUUACCAUGAGUCUCUUCCAUUAAAAAAAAAUAUAUGAAUACUGAUGCCACAAAAUAGCAUUACCAUGGCCUGAUUAAUGAAUAUUAACUUUAUCUGUGAUACAUGGUAACUACAGGUUCAAAUUUCACUCAAAAGGAGAAUAAAAAGGAAAAUACAUAUUUUUGGUAUUUAGCAAUAUUUUGUUGUUUGCAGAAAUCACCAACGUAAGCUGUCAAGUUGCAAAGAUUAAUAUGCAGUUCUGAA